AUUGCUUAUAGGCGCGCAAGCGUUUCAGGGUCGAAGACUCGUUAAUUUCUCUAGGGACCCAAGGAAGUAGUUAUUAUAUCAGUUUUCCUUCAAAUCUGGAAGUGUUGGGAGGUGGGAUUACAUGUGGAAUAUAAACUGUUCAACGGCCUCAGUCAAAUCAACUUUCGAGUAAACUCAUUUCGAUACCUUAGUAGUCGAUUGACCCGUCAUGUUAUGAUGGAUGCCAAAUAAAUAUCCUGAAGUUUUCUACAUAUGCAGUAGCUGGCUCGCCAUUUUAUAGUCAGUAAAAUAUGUGCAUAUAAUCAUAGAUACAUUAAAAAUAUUAAAAAAAGCUACAAGUGGAUAAACCAGGCAAAUAAAGAUAAUUACAUGUUGAAUUCCAUUUACAUCGCACUAGAAAUGACGGAUGUAGCAGAAGCUCGAAGAUGUUUUGGAUGUCGUGUUAUUUUCGAGACAGAUGACGAAUUUUGGCAUCAUAUAUUAAAUGUGGAUUGUAGUAGCUCAAUAAGCUCACCGAGUUUGGGGAAGGAUGUAUCCUUACCUUGUUCAAGUCAAGAUGAUAAUAGACCAUUGAAAAGUACGCCGUCAGAUGAUUUAUGUUUUUGUAGUUUGUGUGACAAGUGGUUUGUAUCAAAACAACAGUUCCUUGAACAUUUUUCUUCUGCAGAACAUGGGCAGAAAUCCAAAUUGGCUGCCAAAGCUCGUUUUAGUUCCGAUGUCAAUACAGGUAGCGAGAAUGUUCAGUCACACUUGUUUUGCGAUGCUUGUCAAAUAACUUUGUUGUCUGCUCAGGCCAAAGAGGCUCAUCUUGCUGGUAAGAAGCAUAAUAAGAUGUGUAAUCGUCAAUCGAGCUCCGUAAACACACAAGGGAAUUCGCAUGUUACUGUCAAAAAGGGGCACACAAACAAUCAAGAAGUUUUAGAAAGGUUGGUGGGAGAUUACGGUCAGUUAUCGUCAACGAGUUCUGACAACUCUCAUUCAUCUGAUAAAAAUACCAGUCAUGUAGUUCCUCAGUUUUGUACUGACGACGAGAACGAUAUUAUACGUUUACUGCGUCGACUCUGUUUGACCCAAAUACUAUCACUUUUAUUGAGUGUAAGUGAGGAUUCAUCGGUACACGUAGAAGGCGGUUGUAACAAGGUACAGUCGAAAUAUUCUUUGAAAGAGAAAGAUCUACUUGAAUUGACGAGAGCAGUAUGUAAAGAAGAAUUACGCGCUAUACUCCCACAGUCUUUACAACAUGUCAUUUCUCAGACAAAAAACGCAGGUGAUUAAAUUUGCUGUAGGCUAUUCUUAUUGGUGUUAAUUUCAUUACAAUCGCUCAUCUUAUCCAUAAUUUUUAUAGAGAAAGAAGUACUUGCUUUCUAGGAAAUAUAUUUUCUCUACCAUUUUUAAAAGCUGCUGUUUUUCCAUCAAAUGCAGAAAUUAUUUUUAUUUGUAUUUGAAAUAUUUCAGAUUUAAAUUGAUCGAAUUC